GGGGCGGGGCGGCAGCGCGGCCGCCCUCGGGCUCGGCAGCGGGGCCGAGCGGCGCCCGGGAUGUUCAACCGGGCCGUGAGCCGCCUCAGCAGGAAGCGGCCGCCCUCAGAGAUAAAUGAUGGUGAGGGCCACCCAAGCAGCAGCCACCAGACCUUGAAAGGAACCUCAAAAUGGGCCACAUCCCUGGAGAGCCUCCUGGAGGACCCGGAGGGAGUGAAACGCUUUAGGGAAUUUUUGAAGAAAGAGUUUAGUGAAGAAAACGUUUUGUUCUGGUUAGCAUGUGAAGAAUUUAAGAAAACACAGGGAAAAAAGCAGAUGCAGGAAAAAGCUAAAGAGAUUUACAUGACUUUCCUGUCCAGUAAAGCUUCCUCCCAAGUCAAUGUUGAAGGGCAGUCCCGUUUGAGUGAGACCAUCCUGGAGACACCCCACCCUCUCAUGUUCCAGAAGCUCCAGGACCAGAUAUUCAAUCUCAUGAAAUAUGACAGCUACAGCCGCUUCCUGAAGUCAGACAUAUUCCUAAACCAUAAGAAGAGUGAGGAGCAAGAGGAGAACUCACCAGAGGCUCAGACUGCAGCCAAAAGAGCAUCAAGAAUUUACAACACAUGAGACACAAUGGAUCUCUUCAGGAGAGGCAAUACAAUAAGGAAAUUACACUCAGGAACAGUCUAGGUUUAUAGCAGUUGCAUUUAGGGCUUGGAAAGCUCAAAACCUUUUUAGGAGAUACUUACCUUCUUAAUUGCUUGAGUGACUAAUUGUUUUUGCAUGAUAGCUAUUAAGCAAGCACCCAUGGAAGGACUGUUUCCCAGCUAAAAGGCUGAGCUAUUCCUCCAUAGCAUGAAUUGCUUUGAAAUUUGAAGUUGAAAUGCUUUCAAUUCUUUGUAUUUUCUUUUGUGAGGCAUCUUGGUGAUGAGGAAUGGGAGACAGCGUGGUUGGGUUUUUAUUUUUGCCUUGUAAUUUUUAUUUGGGACUAGCUUUUGCAUCCUGAACUGCUGGGAGAAGCAGUUGAAGAGUGCAUUUCACAUUAGUUUGUGGGUGAUCAUCCACAGCAAAUUUAAUCAUAAAGGGACAGCAUCUUUCGGGGUUAAGCUCAGUAGAAUCCAAUCCCUUCCUGUGUGACUUUGUUCUUUCAGGGUGAUGUCUGUUUUGCUUUGCCUUUAUUGCGGAAUCAAAACACUUCCCUAGUCACGAUUUUCAUUUUUGUAUCUCCUAAAUUUCCCCCUUUUUUAUUUUAUUUUAUUUUUUUUUGCAGUAGACAAUCACCUUCUUCAGAGGAUAACCUCUAUUUCCUUGGGGACAAAGGCUCUAAAAGAGACAGAAUCUCUGAAGAACUCCUAACUGCCAUUAGGAAAUGACAGUAAAUAAAUAAAAAUAUCCCUCUCAGGGCACACUGGUCUCAGCAAAGCUUGGCUUUGUCCCUCAUACCAGUGUGACAUCAGAUGCUGCUAUCAGGAAGCAUCUGGUCUCUCCCAGGUCUCCUGAACAAUCCUGCCCUGUGCUUUGGCAAAGGACCAACAAACCAAAUCUGGUUUUCUUUUACUCAAUUUUUUCUGCUAAAAUCACCCUGCCAGGUUUUGUCUGCCCCACUCAAAUAUUUCAGGGUUUCCUAGUUGUGAUUUUGGAGAGCUGCAGUGGAGCAGGGAGUUGGUUUUGGGGUUCAGCCACUCUCACACCAAGCUUGAGAGCAAGGGGAAUUUAUUCCUGCCCCAUGCAAUCAAAGGUUGGUAGAGAAAGACAUUUCCAAUGAGCAUUCCAUGGGAAUGUGUCAGCCCUGCAAAGCACAUUUUGGCAUUGAGUUUUUCAUGUGUUCAUGUAUUUUUUGGUUAGUUCACUGCAGUGUUAUUAAGUUGCAGUUGAAGCUGGGAAAGUGUAUUAGCUACUUGCUCUAUUUACAAGCUUUGCAGCUGUAGUCUGGCUGUUUCCCACUCUCUCAUUAUUUACUCUUCCAUUUUUUGCACUGCCUGUCUUGAACUUUUGUUUAUGUGCUGGCUAAUCUAAAUGCACAGUUAGCUUUUGAACAUUUUGUACUUUUUUUUUUUUUUUUUGUCAGAAAGGCCAGAUAUGUUUCAUACAUUGCUGUCACCAUCAAUGUUUAAAAUCUAAGUCUAGUUUGUCAUUUUUAGAAUGCAAGCUCACUUGGUAGACUUGAUUACUUCUUUUAACUCUGAGCCACUCUUGCAGGUAUUAUGUAAAAAAAAAUUGUUUCCAUGGGCUUUUCCCUAGUUAAAAGUGGGGAUGGAAGUUCUGAUUCUUCCCUAGAGCUCCAUGCCCUGUUCAUUUUUAGGAAAACAAAGAAGAGGUCAGUGCCUCCAUAUGCAUGUUGUAAGGUGUAAUUCUCAUGCACUGAGUUAAUGCUCUUUUUAUGCUCACAGAAGAUUUAAUGGUGAAAUCAUAUUACUUCAGGCACUUUCAGUGGAAUUUGACCUCAUGCUUAAGCUGUAUUUCAAUGUUCUACUGAAUAAGAAUGAACUAAACAUGUGCAUGAAUCUUUUUUUUUUGUUUGUUUGUUUCUCUGAUGGGGUCUAGGACAUGGGACCAUCCAGUUCUGGACUUGCCAACUCUUUGUAGUCUCAGGAUUACUUCUGAAAAUCCACUGUAAUAACAGACUCUUAAAGCCUGCCACAGCAGAGGACAGAACUUCUGAUAGCAUUGAAGCCCUUGGGAGUGGGCAGCUUAACCAGUUUAGGACUUGGGUUUGUAUUUUCCCAGUGUUUGCUUCAUUAGUCUUGGUGAUACUGAAAAAUUCAGCAGGGGGACAUUCAUGGGAAAAAUGCAGAACAAGACCUUACCACAUUUGUCACAUGGAUGCACAGCAGAUUCAUUUUUAAUCAUAUUGAUUUUAAAAAUGCAUGAGCAAGGGAGAAGAGUCUUUGACUAUCAUGUUUUAAAAUGGUAAUAAUAGAAAAUAAAACCAGGAGCCUUAAGAACAAAGGUAGGGUGUUAAAGAGAGAAAAUGAGUUUGUAGCUGCUUGUGAACACUUUCCUUGGCAAUGUGUUCCCUAUCAGGUUCUGUCUUUGCUUGCUCAGAGCAGAUACCCCACAUGAGUAGGCACAAAGGUGCUUUACACUAUCAGGAGACAAAAAUUACUGAAAUGGAAAUGUAUGUUUUAGCAGCAUCUCUAAUGCUAUGAUGUUUAUUUCAGUAGCUAUUAUGUUUCUAACCUAAUGUACCUUAACCCACAAAAUUCUUAAAGUUGAUUGCACCAUUCUCUUUGUGGUGUCUGGGUUUGUUUGAUUUCUCUACAACACCAACAAGUAGACUUGCAAUGUGCAGAAAGCAAAGAUGUUUUUCCUAUUAAUUAGAUUAUCUGUAUUUUUCAGUAAAAGGGCAAUUAAAUUAAAACCAUGCAAGCAGAUGUCUGUAAUUGCAGUUUGUGUAUAUGUGGGGAAAGUUGGUAUUAUUACAAACUUGCUUCUGCAAAUAGGUGACACUUUCUCAAUGUGGCACAGAGCAAAUCACACAGACAGAACUGUGUCUCUGGGAGCAAAUCCUUCAUUCCAGGAACAACUGUAAACAUUGCAUCCAACCUCAGGCUGUAAGUGGGUGCUCAGAGUUGCUUUAUGUAGAGAUUAAAGAUGGGAUCUACUCCUCUUCAUAGAACUUACACUGAAAAUAUGAGCACACAAAACAAGCAACAGAAAUUGCAUGCCUUAAACUCUACCCUAUUUUGUGUUUCUCAGCUAAAAAAUAAAAAAUACUCUACAAAUACACCAA